GAUAAAAUAGCAUUAUGUCUUAUAAAAAGAACUCCGAGAUUCGUUCAGUGGGAUACUACACUGAUAAAUAUACUUCAAACGAUGACACUACUUAUAAUAACACAACAUUUGUUAACGAAACGCCCAUUACUGAUGUUGUUUAUGAUGGUGCCUUGCAAAACACGAGUCCAAAAGAGUCGAAAAAUCCAGCCAAUGGUUUAUACAAUGGUGAUGUAUUUCCAGUGACCGAGAAGAAAGAAAAAGAAGUGGAAUAUGAGGAUCUGGAUGAUGGGGGUGCUCAUGCUAAAAAGUUGUUCAACUACAAACUUGCUAAAACCUUUCUUAUAAUAGGCUCAUGGACCGUCAACGUGAGUAUCCGCCACGUUUUGAAAUACUCUUUCCACUUUAAUUCUUAUUUAUAUAUAUCUUAACAGCAAAUUACAAUAAACGGGUGACAC